AUGUUAUAUCUUCAUACUUACCAAAUCACUUUUCUUUCAGCUAUACACGAUGCAAUUAUUGUUGAAAGGCUGUUCAACUCGUCACUCGUCGUCAUUGUUUCGCAAAAAGAACCACGAGUUAUCUGCAUAUAUCACUUUAAAAGCAAAAAUAUGAUUUGUGUUUACAAAUUCAUCAAAUCCGUACUUAACGUCAAAUUGAACCGUGAUCGAGUUGUUGUUUGUCUAGAGGAUAGCAUCCAUAUCUAUGUGCUGAAAGAUAUGAAGUUGCUUCAUACGAUUUUGGACACACCACUUAACCGACUUGGUUUGAUUGAUCUCUCACCAGCGGGGAGUUCUUUAAUUGCCUAUCCAGCGAGCGCUGAAGCUGGAAGUGUACAUAUCUUUGACUGCAUGAACUUAUCAGCUGUAAACACCUUCACCGCACACGAUGGGCCUCUAGCCUGUUUGAAAUUUAAUGCCGACGGUACCAUGAUAGCGACGGCCAGCACGAAAGGUACAGUUAUUCGCGUUUACAGUGUACCACAGGGAACAAGACUAUUUGAGUUCCGCCGAGGAAUGUCAAGAUGCGUUACGAUCUAUUCGCUUGCCUUCUCCGCCGACUCAACUUAUUUGUGCUCAUCGAGUAACACAGAGACAGUGCACGUGUUCAAGUUGGAGAAACCAGAGGACCAGGAGAAAAAGCAGGAACCCUCUGCGGAGUCGUCCAGUGGAUGGCUAGGAUAUCUCACUCAAGCUGCUUCAAAUUAUCUUCCAGCACAAGUGAAUGAACUAAUGACAGUGGAGAGAAGCUUUGCACAUGCGAUUCUGCCAGGCUCAGAUAAGAAGAAUGUAGCAGCAAUGUUA